UUACUAAAUGAAAUUGAAAAAUUAUAUGUUUUUCUUUUAUCAUUUUUAAAUAUGUUUCAGUUUUAAACUUAUCAACAAAGUUUUAUAAUGCAAGUGGGUAUGCAUAAAUAGAUGUACCAUUUAUAAAUACACCAACUUAUCAUCCCCUAUGUUAUCAAACCACCAACAAGAAGAAUCUUUCCUAAUAUAACAUAGAAGUAAAAGAUGCUAGCACAUUCCCCUCCCUUGUUUUCAACCACCUAUGGAUGGCCCAUGGAGGAUCAGCUCAUUGCCAACAAUCUUCCAUAUGAUUGCAAUGAAGCAAACUCCUAUAGUUCACUUCUUGAUUUACAAAUACAUGAUCAAAUCAAGAAUAAAUCGUUUCCGGAUCAUUCCACUUCUUCUGGGGGAGCUGUAAAUAGUGGUGGCGGAGACAAUAUGAUGGUGGAAAAGAAGCUCAAUCAUAACGCAAGUGAAAGAGAUCGUCGUAAGAGGGUUAACGAGUUGUAUGCGUUUCUUCGUUCAUUGCUACCCAUUUCAAGUGAUCAAAAGAAAAAUAUGAGCAUUCCGGGGACAGUAUCUCGUGCGCUAAAAUACAUACCCGAACUACAAAAGGAAGUGGAUAUACUAAAACGUAAAAAAGAAAAAUUGUCAUCCCAUCCAUCUGCUAGUACAAGGAAAGAGCAUCUUGGCAUAAAGGAACAAAGUACUAAAGUUUCAGUGAACAUUUUAGGUGACAAAGAAGUUGUCAUUCAACUGAUUUCCCCAACUGAUCAUAUGACCAAGAAUAAGAAUUAUUUGUCAAAUGUUUUGGAGCACUUAGAGCAGGAAGAUGGAUUUGUUUUUGAAAAUGCAACCGACUUUAAACGUUUAGGAGAAGGGAUGAAAUUAAGCACGUUGCACCUUCAGGUGCAAGGGGAUCAUAAAAUAGAGAUUAAAAAGUUAAAGGAGAAACUCAAUGCUUUCCACCAAUGAUUGGAUUAACUAAGAAUUGUCAUUGGCUAUUGAUAUAAUAUCAACUAAUCAGCAAUACCCUACUAACCAUCAGGAGCACGCAAAAAAACAUAGCUUGCGAUGCAUGACCAUCAAUGGGCCGGGUUAAAGGAAACAAAACCAGUUGAAGCUAGAUUAAACUUUGAAAACUCUACCAUAGAAACUCAAGCGAGUGAUGAUGAUCUUUUAACUUUCUAGCAUCCUUAGCAGCCAGGAUCAUGGUUGUAAAAUCUAUCCAUGUGUACAUACAAGUAUAUGUGGCUAAUCAUUACAUGAAAAUCCUAAGUAUUUUUUAUU